AUUGUAUUUGAUACUUUAUUUGUUACUUCCCUUUUUCACUUCUUUCAACAUCAGUUUUUACAAACGGCUUAACUAUUUUCUGCAUAGUGCACAUUAACAAGUACAUAAAACUAAAGAGGAGGAUGCUGGUUAAUCAUUAAGUAAUGUGAUAAAGAGAUUUACUCAGCAAGUGAAAGUCUGUAUUUCCAUUUACAGCUCUGUGGAUCUGUCAUACAACAGGCAGAGCAGAGUUAGAGGCACAGGGCCCUCCUCUCUUAACUUCUCAAAUGAGGAAGUUCAGAAGCAAGCUAGUAGCAGCUUCCUUUUACAGCUUUCGGAGGCAGGGGAUGAACAAGUGAAAGAGAGGACUUUAAAGUACGCACCAUGAGAAGAUAAAAAAUAGCCAGAAAGAAACUCUUCAUUGGCUUUUGCUGGAAUAUAGUUUGAGUGCAGAUGCGAAACUCUUGAGCUCCGGCUCUUGGGUGAGAAACAGAAUGCCAAAUUAUCAACCUUGGUACCAUGGUACUAUAACUCGAUCCAAAGCUGAGGAUCUACUUUCCAAAGCAGCAAGAGAUGGAAGCUUCCUUAUCCGGGGCAGUGAGUCCAUACAGGGAGCAUAUGCCCUCUGUGUUCUAUACCAGAACUGUGUGUACACAUACAGAAUCCUGCCAAAUGAGGAUAAGAAGCUCUCUGUUCAGGCAUCUGAUGGAGUUCCUAUCAGGUUCUUCUCCAUGCUGCCUGAGCUGGUGGAGGCAUACUACAGCCCCAACAUGGGUCUGAUCACACAUCUGCAGUACCCUGUCCAGAGGGAGGUGGAGGUAGACGAUGAGCCAGAAUCCAAUAAUCUUCCACCGCAGCUUCCACCCAGGAACUUUGCAGCCAACGAUGUCAAAGACAGUGACCCCAAGUCUUCUGAACAGGCCUGCAAGUCCUUAUCAGACACCUACCUGAUGAGACUGCAGCAUAUGGACUUGUCCACAGUACCAGAGGAGCAUCAAAUGGCUAUCCAAGAAUACUUCAGGACGUCAAUCUGCUUAGAUGCUGAACAAGUACAGUAUGGUAACCCUAACCUCCCUGGGCUAAAGAAACUAACACUGGCAAUCUGCAAGAAUCUAAACAGUGAAAUUACCCGCAUCCUGCCGGCUCUAGAGGUCUUUCAUCGAUCGUUUGACCAACAGCUCUCACCAGGGAUUGGACAGUUUCCAAAACAUUUCUCUGGAGAUUCAGGUCAAUCUGUAACCUUAAGGCUCGAGAAACUGACAAAACUGCUCUACUCAAUAGAGGAUAAGGCUAAAAGUUCCAUGUUUGAGUCUGUUGGACAGGAAGGAGGUCACAGGAAAUCUCUCAUACCACUGGUUACAUUCGAGGUCAAGCAAGAAUCUCUGGGUAUUUCCACAAAGAUGUUCCUGAAAGUAGAUGUUGAAAGUGGGAAACUCUAUCUAAAGAAGUCGAGGGACGGGCCAGAAGACAAAUUCUUUGUCCACAACAAAAUCCUGCAGUUGGUGAAAUCCCAGAAAAUGCACGCCAAACUUAACAUCGUGGCAGAGACGGAGAAAGAAAAGAUUCUACGUAAAGAGUUUGUGUUUGAAGACACGAAGAAAAGGGAAGGGUUUUGCCAACUACUUCAACAAAUGAAGAACAAACACUCUGAGAAGCCUGAACCAGACAUGAUCACAGUGUUUGUUGGCACCUGGAACAUGGGAAAUGCUGGCCCUCCCCACAAAAUCGACUCCUGGUUUCAGUGUAAGGGCCAAGGCAAGACACAAGACGACACCGCCGACCACAUCCCUCAUGAUUUUUAUGUCAUCGGGACUCAGGAGGAUCCUCUGGGUGAGAGGGAGUGGGCCGACACGGUGAAAGGAGUCCUGAGGAAAAUCACAAACAUCAGCUUUAAACAAGUGGCAAUCCACACUCUGUGGAACAUUCGGAUCGUGGUCCUCGCCAAGCCUGAGCACGAAAACCGGAUCUCCCACGUUUUUUCAGACAGUGUGAAAACAGGGAUCGCAAACACUUUGGGAAACAAGGGAGCAGUGGGAGUGUCCUUCAUGUUCAACGGUACAUCGUUUGGCUUUGUCAACAGUCACCUGACCUCUGGAAGUGAGAAGAAGCUCAGACGCAAUCAAAACUACAUCAACAUCCUACGAUUUCUGAAUCUGGGAGAUAAGAAGCUCAAUCCGUUUGACAUCACACAUCAGUUCACUCACCUCUUCUGGCUCGGUGAUUUGAACUACCGUGUUGAAUUUCCAUCCACUGAAGCUGAGUACAUUGUGACAAAGAUCAAACAGCAGCAGUACCAGGAACUCCUCUGUAAAGACCAGCUCAACAUGGAGAGGAAUGAAGGAAAGGUCUUCUUGCAUUUCGAUGAAGAGGAAAUCACGUUUGCACCCACAUAUCGAUUUGAAAGAGACACGCGAGAGAAGUAUGCCUACACAAAGGCCAAAGCCACUGGGACAAAAUACAAUUUGCCAUCAUGGUGUGAUCGUGUCCUGCGGAAGUCAUACCCUCUGGUUCAUGUUGUCUGCCAAGCAUAUGGGUGCACUAAUGACAUCAUGACAAGUGACCACUCACCAUUAUUCGCUUCAUUUGAAGUCGGCGUAGCAGUAGUCCAGUUUGUCUCCAAGCAAGACCCAAACAGUGCACCUCAAGGUGGGAUACAGAUCAUGAACUGUGUGGCCACCUUGUCGACAAAAUCAAAGACCAAAUUCUUCAUCGAGUACCAUUCCAGCUGCUUGGAGAAAACAGUCAAGACUUUAGAGGGAGAGAACACGGAGCAAACCAAUGGGUCCAUAAAAGUUUGGUUUGGCAACCAAGUCGAGCUCACCCCUAUCAUCUCUGACCCGGAGUACCUUUUGGACCAGCACAUCCUCAUCUGUGUGAAGUCGACAGACUGCGACGAGUCCUACGGGGAGGGUUGUAUUGCGCUGCGAGCUGCCCAGUUCUGCUACACAGAGUUUCAGAUCACACUUACUCACCACGGAGAGAAGACGGGAACUUUGACAGGUGGCAUCCAGAUAAAGACCUCUGAGGGAAAGCCCACUGAGAAGUUAUACGAUUUCAUCAAAGUCGAAAGGGAUGACACUGUCACUUCAAAAGGCAAAGGCGGCGACGCAAACAAGUGUUCCCUCACCCAAACACUUGAUAUUUCUAACCCCAGUUACAUGGGAGUGUCCUUCAGAAGUGGCAAUGUGAUAGAUAAAGGCUGGAGUUACAGCAUGCCGCCAAAAAAUCUUCCAAUCGCUGGACAAGGGGGUAAAGACAAGAAAGGUUAUGACGUGGGAACACGCAGUCCCACAGCAAAACCUUUGAAUCCUACGGGUGAGGAUGAAAAGGGGUCAGAGAUGUUUGACAAUCCAUUAUACGGUGCAAUGGGGAAAUCACGGGGCAAGGACCAAGAACAUCAGCAGAAGGACCACCUCACACCUCCAGAUCCCUUCUUUGCAAUCUCCAAACCAGCAGACGGAGACCUUGAUCGUCCCCCGCUGCCCACCCCACGCAACCGCUCCUUCACCUGCUCAGAGACCAGACCUCAGCCUCCAGCACCCAUCACCUCGUAUCCCUCCACACACAAGAAGCCAGUAGUGCCCUCACGCUCCGAAGGAGGGAUGGCACCCAACCGGCCUCCUUUACCUUCCAAGUCCCGGCCAGGCGUGCCGGAGCCCCAGAAUCCAAGAGACUACAGAGACAACUCUGAACUCCCCAACAAACACAGACCGCCAGCAAGACCUGUCCAGGCACAGGCUCACAAAGAUCCACAUCCUGAAGUUCCCAAGAUUGGCCGUUCUGUGAAGUGAGACCAGGCUGCAGCGAUGAUCAGCAAAACUGUACAGCUUCCUGCUCUGCAUUAUUGUAAACAUAAAAUCCACAGAGAAAAGGCUCCAGCCAGUCACUCCCUCCUACAUAUGUAUCACUUAUGAGUGAUUUUGCAAUAUUAAUGAAGGAAUUGUUCAACAUUAUACUAUUUGUCCUUAUUAUACAUUAUUGUUUCACUAUAUACUGGCUGUUUGCUAAAUAUGAUGCUACAGACACUUAGCUUAGCAUCAAUACUGGAAACAGGGCUACUGUUGCAAGGUGCAAAAAUGGAUGUCUUUAAAUAGCCCACAACCAAAUGCUGAACCAGACAUUUUAGGCGAUUGAAAUGUUACUUUUGUUACUAUGUUGAAUUAACUUUCAUGAACUGAAAACACACAGUGAAAGGGUCAAAGUUCUGGGAGGAAAAAAGCCACACAGAAUGAAACGAUCAGGACCAUUAAUUCGAAAACUAUUUACUGAGGUAAUAAAUCAAGUGAGAAGUAGCCUAAUUUUCUCAUAGACUUCUAUACAAUCUGACCAGCAUCCAGUGGAGUCGCCCCCUGCUGGCCAUGAGAAAGAAUGCAGGUUUAAGACACUUCAGACUAAGGUUGAAACUUACUCUGUGCAAAAUGCGUUAAUCAUCACUUUUAAAUGCAAAACUUAAUGCAAAGCUAACUGUCUCCUGUCUUUAGUUUCAUAUUUCACAUUCUAACAUGAGCAUGAUAUCAAGGUUCUCACCUAAUUCUUGCCAAGAAAGCCAAAAAAGCGCAUUUUCCAAAAUGUUAGACUUUUCCUUCAGUGAUUUAAACAUUAGCGCAACAUUUUCAGACUUCAUUUCUGCUGAGCUCACAUUAAAAAGUAAAUUUGAAAUUAAACUCUGCUUAUAAAUGUUUCUGUUACACUUCAUGCUGAGUUUUACACUAUACAGUAGCUACCCGAUGUUUACCGCACAGUAUUAUCUUGCACAAACAUGUUUGCCAUGAGAAUGUACAAUAAAUGCUCAAAUAAAUU